GAGGCGGGGCCUCGGGGCCGGGCGGGAGCGAAGCCUCUGGCCGCGGGCGGGGCUCCUCUCCGGCGGGCGGGCGCCGGAGUCUGGGGGCCGCGCUUCCCCCUCCCGGUCCGCGGAGGCGCCUGGCCCCUCCUCCCCCUGCCGCCCCCACCCCCGCCGCCGCUGUCAAAGAUAAACCGGGCCGUUGCUUGCAGGAGCAGCGGCAGCCGGCGAUCGGGCGGUGAAGAGCCUCGGGCGCGGCCUCGCCUCCCCGGCCCGGCGCCCGCAUCAGCACCGCGGAUAGCACAGGGGCGGUCGCCAGUACCUAGGCGCCCUCUGGCCCACCAACUAGCCGGGCCCGCGGCGUCCGCAUCAGCACCGCGGACAGUGCCCCGGGCCCCGUCUCGUCGCGGUUAGCCCACCCGCUCCCCGAGUCAGCACCGCGGACAGCCUCCCUUCUCCGGCCUCGCAGCAGGCUCGGAGCGGUUGGCGCCCCUGGAACAUGGCCACUGAGCUGGGAUGCAAGCCAGGGGGAACAGCACAGGCUUUUGAAUGACUCUCUGCAUUGCAUCGGGGCGUCCUGGUGAGCAGGGUGACAUCAACACCAAGUGUCACCAUUGCAAUUCUGCUGUUGUGGCCACCACAGAACAAGAUAAUGCAACUGGAAUGCAAGACGUAUUCAAGAGACUAUGGCUCAGAAGAGGUAGGGCAAGGACUAGAGACCGAGUCUUCUGCCUCCCUGGUCCAUAAUCUGCAGGAGCUGCGGCGAAGUGCCUCAUUGGCCACCAAGGUCUUUAUCCAGAGAGACUACAGUGAUGGGACCAUCUGUCAGUUCCAGACCAAAUUCCCCCCGGAGCUGGACAGCCGGAUUGAGCGGCAGCUCUUUGAGGAGACCGUGAAGACCCUCAACAGCUUCUACGCGGAGGCGGAGAAGAUCGGGGGCAGCUCCUACCUUGAGGGCUGCCUGGCCUGUGCCACGGCCUACUUCAUCUUCCUCUGCAUGGAGACCCACUACGAGAAGGUUCUCAAGAAGAUCUCCCGCUACAUCCAGGAGCAGAACGAGAAGAUCUUUGCCCCUCGAGGCCUCCUGCUCACUGACCCCGUGGAGCGCGGGAUGCGGGUCAUCAGAAAAAUGAAGUCUUGGUGGGCGGCCGGCCCAGGAAUUGGGUUAUAGGCCUGCUGGUUCCACCUGGAAGAGUGUGGUCAAGGUGUACACACGGCCCACUCGCAGAGUAGAAGUGUUAAAAAAAUGUUUUUACUGGAAAAUUGAGAGGAAAACGAGGAAAGAAAACACAAAGACCGGAAUCUUCUGUUUACAAAGCCCUGUGAGAGGGGCCUUUUUUUAAUUGAGUUUUUACUAAGUGCCAGGCAUUGGGCUUAGAGCUUUACAAGCGUUAUUUCAAUCAGUCCCCCAGCUACCCCAAGAUUCCAUUAUUACCACCAUUUUACACACGCGGCCAUUCAUGGGUAACAAGUUAAAUGACCGGUCUAAAGUCCCAUCUCUCGAGAGAAAGCGAGUCAGGAUUAGAACUCGGGACACCGAGGUCUUCCCACUUCCCACGCCGUACCACCACCUGUCCCGGUGUUUGGUAAUUAGACCCACUAAAGCGGAAGCUUCCGGUUGUGCGCCUGCGCAGUGCUCGGGCCCGGCAGGUCGCUGUGUGCGUGUGCAUACCGAGCGCCCGCGAGAGCGCGGAGGGGCUGGGGUCUAGCGCCCCGGGCCUCCCGGCCUCGCUGUCUGGGACGCGGCACCGGCUCGGCCGCGCGCUCCCCUGCUGGCCUCCGUCCGCCCCUUCUCGGCAGCUGGCAGGGGCUCCCUCCUUAACGCCGGCCGCAGAUCGAGAUCUCCAUCUACGAGGACCGGUGCAGCAGCGGCAGCUCCAGCAGCGGCAGCAGCUCCGGCAGCGGCAGCAGCGGCGGGGGCGGCGGGGCGGGGGCCCGGUGACUGGCCGAGAGUCCCUGCAGGGAGGUGUACGGCCGGACUGAGGGCCUCUCAGACCUGCGGCGGCUGCGCUACCAGAGCACCCGCUUCUGAGUCAUUCUCUGGGCCCCUGCUGCUCCCCAGGGAGGGGGGGGGCGGGAGGAAGGGUGACUGGCCCGGUGAUUCCCGCGGGCCAUCUACCCGCGCCCCCCUUUACUCCCUCCUGCCUGUCACCCCUGGCAGGACGGCCUACUUCCUGACCUAGCAUUUUCUCCAUGGGGGAGGUCUGGUCACACGCAGCCAGAUCUUCCAGGGGAAGGCUGGGGUGAGGGUGUGGGGGUGGGGCCACACAAUUUGGACAGCCCUUUGCUUCUGCAGCUCUUUACCCAACACCCGGAGGGGGGCUCAGGUCCCAGAGAGAAUGCCCUUAUCCCGCAUGAUUCCUCACCCCAAAUCCCACAUCCGCUAGGACUCUCUCCCCCCAGGGUCCUGCUCCCUGUGGCUGUCUCCCAGUGUCUGCUCUUUCUGGUGCCACUGCAGGGGCUCUGCCUGUCUGUGAUCCUGCCUCCACUGAUUCGAGGUCUGGGGAGAUGGGAGCUGCUCAGUCCCCUCCUGACCUCUUCUGGACUCCUGGCUUCCCCUUCUCUGCUCAAAGCCUGGAGGCCACCUUGGCCUUGCCAAGAAAUAUCCAACUCCUGAGAUUUUGCAGGACAUCAGGCGCUGGUUGUGGGGCACACAGCCUGGGGCUCUAGGAGGUUAUUUGGGGGUCUGGAGAAAUGCUUCAUGGAGACAUGUAGCCUUGGGAGGUUUGAACCUUCAGAACUGGAGCCAACUUCCUGAGAUUAGAACCUGUGUGUAUGUGAGAAUGAGUGUGUGUGCAUGCAGGCACGCGUGUGAGUGCAUAUAUGUGAGUGUGCUAUGUGCAGAAAUGCACAUGUGUAUGUGUAUGUGUGUGUAUGAGCACACAUGUGGAUGGAUGUGUGUGAGUGCAGUUGUGUGUGUGUACACGUGUGGUUGCACCUGUGGGUGCAUGUGUAUGUAACCGUGCACUUGUCUGUUCCCCUUGGUUGCCAGGCCAAUGAUUGCCCCUCUCUGCAUCCCGUCUUAUCUUUGUAUGUGAUAGUCUGUGGCUGCUUCCCUGCAUGGGUCCAGCCUGUCCCCUUGUAAAUAAAUGUCCUAAAGCUCCUUGCCCCUUGCCUGGGGCUGCCAGCUCGGCUCUUCUUCCUGGUCUCUCCCCUGCCUGCAAAGCUCUCCCUACCUUCUGAUUCUACUGUGUACAUUCUAGCAGAAGAGAAGCUGGGGGUCUAGGAGAGCAGAGCCAACCUUCUGGGACCUUCUGUGUCCCUCUCCCAAGCUCCCGGUGACAAGGCAACAGGGCCACACACGCUGCCCAUUCAGCCCACCCAGGCUCUGGAGCUCUCUAAGGCCGUGUAAACAAGGCUUCUGUGGAUGUUCAAAGGAACUGGCAACCUGCAGGGGAAAAGGCAAACUCCUUUCUCGAAAGGGAAGAGAAGCAUCCAGCCACCGAGGCCCCCGCCUGCCAAGGCCCAGGGCGGCCAGUGGGAAGGAAGCAGCCCUGCCCUGGUGCCCUGAAGACCGACAGAGAGGCUGCCUGCCUCAGCCGGCAGGAGGUGCUACAAGUGCAUGUGAAAGACCAGCUGCUGAAGGUAGCUUUCUGGAACCAAAGAGGGGCCUGAUUGUUUUUGGACAAGACAGCAGUGUGUGGGAGGGAGGUGCCUACCGAGGGAGCCAAAGGCAGGCCCUGAGCCCGAGUGGGCGGGUCCUGGUCCCACGAUCCCCCACGGAGGGCUGCGGCCUGGCCCAUGCCCAUUCUGGCCCACUGUGUGGCCGGGCCUUAUGUCUGACCUGUGCCUCUUCUGUGGGAUGGCUGGGCACAGGUGAUGCAGUGGCCUUCGGUUUUAUUAUUUCUUUUUCCAAUAAAAGGACUUGCCCAG